UCAGGGCUCCAGUGCGCGUGCGCGAGCUUUGGGCCGCACCGCGGCUAUAAGUGCGUGGUGUGCGUCCUGUUCCGCGCUUUGCUGCGGGCUGAGCUUUUGUCUUCGGAGAGGCUUUUGGGUUGUCAUCUCGCGCUGCUGGUUGGCCGACUUUCCUUCCGACUCCGCACUACCAGAUAUUACAGCGAGCGGGCCACUCACGGCCCUUCCUCCUGGAGGAUCCAGAGGCCUUCCAGAAGCAGAAGGCAGCUCUACUGCUCUACAGAGGAGUGGGAUCGUUUGAGCCAUGAAGCAUAUGUUGAACCUCUAUCUCCUAGGUGUGGUGCUGACCCUGCUCUCCAUCUUCGUUAGACUGAUGGAGUCCCUGGGGGUCUUACUGGAGAGCCCAUCUCCUGGGAGCUCCUGGACCGCCAGAGGUCAACUAGCCAACACAGUCCCCAGCAGCCUUCCAGACCAUCCAUCCAGAGGGGUGUGAUAAGACCUCCCUCCACCAGCUGUAACCUUGGAACACUGGCCUAAAUACGUCCAGCUGUACCAGUUCCUGGGUAGGCAAGCUCAGCAUCAGUGCUAUCGGGGAACUAACUCUUACUAGGCCCUUGAAGGGCCUCUCCACCUGCAUACUCGUUGCUCUGGAUAAAGCCUAUUUAAUACACAGAUGUGAGUGGGUCGCCUGUGGCUGUGGAAUGGAGUGAUCUCACUCUUCUCCCCAGUCCGCCAUAUGCUUUGCGGUCCUUGGCAGCAUGGCUCUGUCUUCUCUUCGAUGGGGACUUGUGCUGCAACUUCAGCUGUUGGGAGAUCGUGUUAUUUUCAACCCUACUUUCUAAGCAUCUGCUAAGAGUUCCUUUGGGCUUGGGUGUCUUAUGGUCAGUUUAUUUGGUGUUCAGUUCCUCUUCCAUGAGAGCUCCUCUCUGUGCGGAUAACAGUUGAAGAGGUGUGUGGGUUGGCUAUAGGAAGGGGGAGUAUUCUAUGUCUCGUUCUCAUUGUUUUACAUUUUUAAGUCAUUCCUCCAACAUAGCGUAUAUGUAUGUGUGUAUUGGUCUGAAGAGGGCAGUGGGAUGACAGCGCCUGCUCAGGACGUGGGCAUUUUGGCCACCGUGUGGCUUAAAUAAAUUUUUCUAAUGAAAUAAAGUUGAAUGUAUAUUUCU